AUGUUCGGGAAUACGAGGCGCCGGUCAAUUCAUACAAAGAAUAUUUUAAUCAGAAGCCGAUCAUUGACUUUUUCAAUUAUAGCACACUUGGCGUGCAUAGACAAGAACAUAUGUCCAACAAAUUCCAUAAUCGGAAUGGAUGAUCCAGAGAUUGAUAAUGGAGAGGUCGAUAAUACAGUUGGGAAAAAUUUAAGCUUGGCAACUGUGGAAAAAUCGACGGACAGACGAUUUGAGCUUUUGGAUAGUGUGAUUGAGAGUCUCGAAAAGAACGAAAAUGCAGUAUUAGAUAAUUUCCAGGAUGAAAUUUGCAAUUUUACGAAGGACAAAAACCCCUCUAUCCGCGCCCAAGUUAUCAGGUUUAUCACGUUAUCGGUAAAAAGAGAAAAGGAUACGAUUGUAGCGCUAUUACCUCCGUUGAAUUCUCUUUUGAGUGAUGAGUGCUCGAACGUACUUUGUCGCACAUUAAUCUCGCUGUGCUACACGCUACCAGUUUUUGCUGAAGGAAACGCGCAAAUGCCGAUUCGUGAGACUCUUGUCGAGAUCUACGAAACGGUAGUCCGUCUUUUGGAGGACGAAAAUGAUGGGAUUCGAACUCAAGCUGUGCGCGUCGUCGAGGAAUUCAUUCUUUUCAAGAACGAAUCCUUCAGUAUCUUCGAGAACGCAAUUCUCACAUUGACGGACUUCCUGAAGAAAGCGACGAUUUCAAACGGGAAUCUGGUGGCCGGUCUAACAAGUCUGUCUAGAAUUGCAAAAACAGAGAGGGACUACGUUAGCACCGUCAUAAGCGAGUUUGAAAAUUUGAAUGCAUCACUCCCUCCGACACUGUCAAUCACACAAGUGAAGAAUGUUCGAAAACUGAUUCGAAUCCAGCUCAUAGAUAUUAUGAAAUCGUGUCCUGAGACAAGAGAGCACGAAGCUAUAAUUUCAACGCUUCUUCGUGACCUCGGAAUGGGAAAGGCUGAAGUCGAUAGGACUAUGAAGCUAAUGGCUGUCGAGGACAAGCGAAAAGCAACAGAUAUCUCAAUGGAUGAUGAUAGGGAUCCCGAUGAAGAAGUUGGAAGGCCGGUGAAACGAAAUCGGGCGGAUCAAGAAAGAGAGCAAAUAGAAGAACUAGCCGACGAGUUAUAUGAUGGAUUAUGUGAGAUUAAUGAUGUCGUGGAUUUAGUCAUUCUAUCUUUACCGGGAGUUCCUGAAAAGAUGCAACCAUCAUUUUCUUCGACAUACACGCCGAUAACUUCAGCAGGAAGUUCUAAACAGAAAAUGUCCAUUGCCCGUCUCCUUGCGAACCAGAUUACACAAGCAGGACUCGGUAAACGGCAAGACCUGCUUCACUCGCCAAAAAAACGUAGGAAGAAUUCAGAUGAUAGCGAACCGACAAAGAGAAAGUUCGAGCCUAUGGAAGCCCUUAAAGCAAUGGACAAAGAUCUUGAAAGUUCGACAGGAGCUGGUCGAAACGAGUUCCACCUCGCAAACGUAACCAAAAGCCUUGCCCCAGACGUCAAGUUUCGAAUGGUCAAAAUGGCUGUGGACGACAUGAUCAAGGGCCUAGUUCAUUCUAAUCACAAUUCUACUCUUCAUGGCAUGCUAACUAAGAUUGUCGCUCACUUCAGCGGCUCAUUCCCUGCACUUGUCGCAGACGUCAUCGAACACAAUCCAAACCCGAGAAAUCGUAUCGAGAUGUCACUUAGUUGGCUUUACGCAGAAUACGAAAAAUAUUUGGACAUUCGCGAGUCGCCCAGUGAUAUGCAAGCUCUUGAAAACUACAACGUUUGUAUUGGAAUAUUGUUGACUGUAUUGAAGGAGAAAAACGCGGACGCCAUGUUUGAACAGCUUCUAUUCCAAGCUCCUAUAUUAACCGAAGACACAUUUGGAAUUCUUAUGCAGUUUUGUGUUGACGGGGAGUGCCCAGAUUCGUCCGAAGCACUUAUAUCGACUCUCGGAAAAUUGGCGAUCCAACGUCCUGUAAACCGAAUGCGAUUGCUCGAGCUUCUUUUACAGCUAUCAACGCAUUGGUUUAGGCAAAUACGAAUCCGAGCCCUCGACCAGAUUGUGACUAUUUAUGAGCGCUUUCAGGACAAUCCGGAUGUCAUCCAACACAUUACCAUUCAUAUUGUGAAGUCUCUCGGUUACCUUAUCUACGAAGAGCCGCCACAGACCCUCUCUGAUAUUGCUUCUGACUGGACAGAAGAUCUGAUUGAACGCUGUCUAGAUCUGGCAGUCGCUGUUUUGCCAUUUGAUGCUGAUGUUCUACUAAACUUGUGUGAUAUAUUCAAUAGAACUCCUUCAAUGGCAGUCAAGCGAGUCAUAAGCAGAGCAAUGGAGGCUCCUGUCCGCCGUAUUCCGCAGACAAAUGUUACCUUCCUAGAUCUUGUGAAGAAUAUGCCGGAAGGCUGUGAAUCCUUGGUAACAAGAAUUCUGCACAUAGUCACCAAAAAUGGUAUAGUCGAGCAAGAGCUUAUUGAUGCGAUCAAACACGUCAUGUCAACAGAUCGACGGGAUAUUCGUUUCAUGAUUCCCAUUCUGCAAGUGCUUCCAAAAGAGGAAGUGGUUGAGGCAUUACCAGAACUUAUUCAGCUCCAGAAAAAGGUUGUCAAAGACGUGUUUUUCCGCUUAUUGGGUGUUCACAGCGGGUCUCAGAGUACAGAAGGUGACCAGCAUGUUGCACCCUUGACAGCUACCGAGCUUUUGGUUGAGCUGCAUUUGAUGGAAGGCGCCAGCGUUAAACCUGCGAUCGAAGCAAUUGCUUUGUGUCUUGCAGAAAAAACUGUUUUUACCCUCGAAGUUUUUGCGUCGGCAAUUUCAAGAAUGUUGAAGUUUGAUCAACUGCCAGCUUUGUUCAUGAGAACUGUUUUACAAGCGCUGAUUACGCAUCCAAGGAUCACUUCUGAGAUUAUCGUAACUCUGAAGACCCUGAUUACCAGAGAGAUAUGGCACACGCAGAAGCUCUGGGAUGGAUUUGUUAUCUGCUGCCAGAAAUUAAAAACGCGAUGUGUGAUGGUCUUAUUGAAACUGCCAAAAGAACCUUUAGAUAAAAUUCUCGCCACUGCCCCUGACCUAAAAGCAUAUUUAGUAAGCUAUCUUGAGUCGAUAGAGCCAACUGAACGAUUGAAAAUUGGAGAGCAUUUCCAAAAUAUCUCAAUGAUCACUGCUUCUUGA